AUGCCACCAAUUCUACGUGAAUGGGGAAAGAAAUACGGGGAACUUUUCAGGACAAAGGCCGGAACUACAGAUUUCAUUUGGCUAAACUCGAAGGAGGCGGUCAAAGAGCUGUUUGACCGUCGCUCUGCAGUGUAUUCCAGUCGGCAGCCAAUGCCGAUGGCAUUUGAUUGCGCUACAGGAGGGAAACGAAUCACAUUCGCUCCUUAUGGCAAAACCUGGAGAGACUCUCGAGCUGUGUUCCACAAAGUUUUGACGCAGAAGAUGGCACAAGACUACUCCGUGAUUCAAAUGUUUGAGGCGAAGCAGCUUAGCGUAGACCUCCUGGAUAACCCAAAGGACUUCUACAUGCACAACCGACGAUAUGCUGCCAGCGUUAUAAUGCAAGUAACAUACGGGUGGCGCAUCCCUAAGUGGGACUGCCGAGAAAUCUAUCGUAUUUUCGAGGUCCUGGGCCGCUUUGUGCAAUGCAGAAAACCAGGUCAGUGGCUUGUUGAUGUAUUUCCUUCGCUUUCAAAGAGUAGAGUCUUCAAUAUGGUAUCUAGCUGGAAACAAAUAGGGUCACAAUUUCAUGCGCUAGAUGACGCAACUUGGUUCGAUUUCUGGAACGAGAUGAAGCGAAAAGUCGCCGAUGGGACCGCACCACAUUGCUUCGGCAAGAUACUGCAGGCAAAUUAUGAGAAACAGCGUCUCUCAGAAAGCCAGGCGGCUUGGAUAUGCGGCGGCUUAAUCGAGGCCGGCAGCGAAACAACAUCCGCAACGCUAAACAACUGCCUCUACCUAAUGCUUUCCAACCUAGACUGCAUCCGUCUCGCCCACGAAGAACUCGAUCGCGUCGUCGGACGGGAUAGAACACCAACCUUCGACGACGAGCCAAAUCUCCCGCUUAUCAGAGGCAUGAUCAAGGAAACGCUUCGCAUGCGGCCUAUCAACAAAUUCGGCAACAAUCACUUCAACAUCGAGGACGACUGGUAUAAUGGCUACUUCAUCCCAAAAGGAACCAUAGUAAUGGCAAACUGGUGGUCUAUUCACUAUGAUCCAAAGUACUACCCCCAGCCCGAUAAAUUCCUUCCAGAACGCUGGCUCGAUUAUCCCCACAGCGCAGCCAAAUCAGCCGCACUACAUGACGGCACCCAAAGAGACCAUCUUACGUAUGGUGGCGGACGAAGAAUAUGCGCGGGCAUGCAUCUUGCUGAGAAGAGCUUGUUCAUCAAUGUUGCGAGGAUUUUGUGGGGGUUUGAUGUCGGGCUUGCAAGGGAUGAGAACGGGAGAAAGAUUGAGCUGGACUUUUCGACGAAGAGUUUGCAGAAAGGGAGUUCGUCAGUCACGAAACCCUUUCCUUGCGAGAUUAAGGCUAGGUCGGAGCAUCAUGAGUGGGUGAUGAGGGAGGAGUGGAGGGCUGCCCAAGAGAUGGGAAUUGAUUUUUCGCAUAUCAAGUGGACGGUUUAG